AUGAUGAAGACAUCAUCCUUGCAGUCUUCAGCUGAUUCGUUUCCUUCGAUAGAUGAUCAGUCCAAAGACGUAUUCAUUUACCUUGGAGAAAAUAUAGAAGAGCAGAUUGGAGGACUGUCAUCAGCAACGAAGAAUCAUCAUGAUCGUCCAAAUAAGAGACAAUCAUUCCUGUUGCCAAGAAGAAGCAGCAAGGUCCCGAAGGAUGUCGUCAAGGUUCUGAUUCAUCCAUGGGUCAAAGUCAUUCCCAGUGGUACCUUUUCGAACUGUGGCCGUCUACGAGAGAUACAAUUUGGGUUUGCAACAAGUAACAAAAAUGAUGGAUUUAGUGACACGAAGAAUGCUGAUGGUGGUGAUAGUAAUAGUAGCAGAGGCACGAAUCAUCAUCAUCAUCCUCGGCAGCAGCAGCAUGCUUGUGUUUUGGAAGUUAUUGGUGAAUCCGCGUUUAGCCAUUGUGUCUCGCUGAAGCAUGUGGCGUUACCACCAUCUCUCAAAAGGAUUCACAAGAGCGCCUUUGAAGGAUGCCUCACUCUAAUAUCGGUCGAGAUGUGUCAUGGCCUGACACGAAUUGACGAUAGGGCGUUUUGCGAUUGUUAUGGUCUCAAAAAUAUCGCUAUUCCAGAUACUGUGGAGCUGGUGGGAGAGUCGGUGGUGACCAUGCGCAAGUAUACUGCCACUCUUGAUGAAGAAGAUGCUGCUACGGAUGUUAAAACCGGUAGUGGUGACAAAGAAGAAGAAGAAGAUGUUCGCCAAACGGAAGAUCCAGUGGUGAGGUCUCUGCGGAAACGUUUUCAAGACUUGCCGAUUCACCAUCUAUGCUAUUACUUUCACCAAUUAUACACGAAGAACUACGAUAGCAUGGAUGAGAAGGAUAUAUCUCGGUUGGUGGAAGAUGUUACUAGCCACGGAAGUGGUGGCAAUUCCAAAAGUAGUACGGACUCCUUUGGAAUGACGCCCUUGCAUCUUUUAGCAUGUUCGGCUUGCCCUAAUAGUCCAAAGCUGCUAAAAGUCCUUCUGGAUCGCGUCUACGACAACCACGAAUCCAACGACAAUACCGACUACUCGGUACUGACCAAAGAUAGUUGGGGAAACUAUCCAAUUCAUUAUGCUGUCCGGUGCAAUGCCCCAAUUGAGGUUGUUCAACUCUUGAUUGAAGCUCAGCUUGUCAAUCACAAUAGUAGUUCGGAUACCACCGCCAAUGACAGCAACAGGGAGCAACCACCUCAUUUGCGACAUAGACGAAAGGAACCACCGUAUUGGAGAGGGCUUUUGGACUUGGCAUGUGAUUUGGCGUCGUUGCCAGUGACCAAGUUUCUGAUUGAAGCAAGUGUAAAGGAUCGUAUCGAUGGGCUCCAGUGUCCCGCAUGGAAAGAAGAUGUCCGGAGCAUGAUUUUCACUUAUCAAGAUGAAGAAGAAGACAUGUCAGACAGGACGACGAAUGCCCUAGAGAACCUACAGUACCAACGACAGCCAAAGCCAUUCUUGGCUUCAUCGCGAUCUCGUCAGCAACUCGUCAAGGCAGUAGAGAAGCGAUUGCAAUGGUACAAGUUUCAAGAAUCGUUAUCGCUUUUGGAAUUGAGUGUUUGGAAGGCCACAUUAAACAGCAGUUCCACGGAUUAUAUCAUGGAAGAGAAUAACAGACAGUCCCGCGAGAACUGUCGAAUUCAUUGUGGUGCAGAAUUCGUCACGAUGAAUGUAUUGGAUUUUUUGGGUAGUUUUGAAGACCAACAACUGACUGCAUGGAAGAAGAAGGAGAAGAAGUGUAGUAUUCCGCUACUCCCGACUCCAAAUCCAUGGGGGACCGUGCCAGCAUUAAGGCAUUUGUAG